AUGGACGAGAUGGACAUUGUGGUGUUUGUGCUUGCAAGAAAUUUACAUUUUAGACGAAUAAUAAUGGGUAUUUUAGUGCUGAUAAAUGCUUAUAUCAAAGUUCAACAAUAUUAUGAAAAACACAUGCUUAAAAAUCGAACUUUUGUGAAUAAUGAGACUAGGCUAAGUAUACUAGAUACUUAUAUACGAAGUGGUGAUAUAGAGUGUGUGAACGAACUUCGAAUGGAUAGAAGAACUUUUGGUGUAUUAUGUGAGUUACUUAGACAUAAUGGGAGAUUAAAAGUAGAUGGAUUGGUGACUAUAGAAGAGCAAGUAUGUAUUUUCUUAAAUAUACUUGCUCAUCAUGUUAAAAAUAGAACAAUUCACCAUAAGUUCAAGCGGUCGGGUGAAACUGUUAGUAGAUACUUCAAUGCGGUAUUGAGUGGAGUUCUUCGAUUACAAGCUAGCUUGUUAGUUGUGCCAGAACCUGUUUCAGAAAGUUGCAAUGACGAUAGAUGGAAAUGUUUCAAGAAUUGUUUAGGAGCAUUAGAUGGGACACAUAUUGAGGUGCAUGUUAGUCAAACUGACAAGCCGAGCUAUCGAAAUAGAAAGGGCAAGGUUACCACCAAUAUGUUAGGAGUUUGUGAUCGGAAUAUGAAUUUUAUAUUUGUUUUACCGGGUUGGAAAGGUUCGGCAUCAGACUCAAGAGUUCUACGAGAUGCAAUAACUAGAGCACAUGGUUUAAGAGUUCCUGAAGGUUAUUAUUAUCUUGUGGAUGCUGGUUAUACCAAUUGUGAAGGGUUUCUUGCACCAUACAGAGGAACAAGAUAUCAUUUGUCAGAAUGGCAACAUGGAUGUGCACCUACAAAUGAGAAAGAAUUUUUUAACAUGAAACAUUCAUCUGCUAGAAAUAUUAUAGAACGUUGUUUCGGUUUGCUUAAGAUUCGAUGGGCUAUAUUGAGAAGCCCUUCUUUUUAUCCAAUCAAAACUCAAUGUAGAAUAAUGACUGCUUGUUGUCUUCUUCAUAACCUUAUUAGGAGAGAAACGUCAUAUGAUCCUAUGGAAGCAGAAUUAGAUGCACAAGAUAGCUCACAAAACCAAACUCUUGAUGAUGUGAACAUUAUUCCCACUAUUGAAUCAUCUGAUGCAUGGACUACUUGGAGAGAUGCUUUGGCAACAAACAUGUUUAAUGAAUGGAGAGAAAGUAGAGGCCGUAGAUAUUAG